GGAAGCCGGAAGCGUCGGCUUUCAGCCAUACCGGCUCGGGGUGGAGGGGCGGCGGCGAGCGUCCUGGGGUUUGUGAACUCCGCGAUGGAUCCCGACGCCACUGUCGCGCAGCUGAGGUGGUUGCUACUGCCUCGGCUGUUGCUGGUGCGGCUGCUGUGGUCGGGACUGGCUCUAGGCACGCUCCCUUCAGGCAGCAGCUCCCACAGGGUCCUCUACGACCUCCUGUCCGAGCAGCAGUUGCUGGAGGUGGAAGACUUGUCUCUGACUCUGCUGCGGGGAGGAAGGCUGGGGCCGCUAUCGCUACCCCCGGACCUGCCGGAUCUGGAUCCCGAGUGCCGGGAGCUGCUGCUGGACUUCGCCAACAGCAGCGCAGAGCUGACCGGGUGUCUGGUGCGUGGCGCCCGGCCGGUGCGCCUCUGUCAGACCUGCUACCCCCUCUUCCAACAGGUCGCCAGCAAGAUGGACAACAUCAGCAGAGCCGUGGGGAAUACUUCAGAGAGUCAUAGUUGUGCCAGAAGUCUUUUGAUGGCAGAUAGAAUGCAAAUAGUUGUGAUUCUGUCGGAGUUUUUUAAUUCCACGUGGCAGAAGGCAAAUUGUGCAAUUAAUAACAUUUCUUCAGGCUACAAGGGGAGCAUGCACAGCCUUCUACAAUUAAGAAAUUAUUCAGAAGUAUGCAAAAACUGUCGCGAAGCAUACAAAACUUUGAGUAAUCUGUUCAAUGAAAUGAAAAAAAUGAAUGAGCAUGAGAAUAAGGCUGAACCUGGAACACAUUUAUGCAUUGACGUGGAAGAUGCAAUGAACAUUACUCGAAAACUUUGGAGUCGGACUUUCAACUGUUCAGUCCCGUGCAGUGACACCGUGCCUGUAAUUGCUGUUUCUGUGUUCAUUCUUUUUUUACCCAUUGUCUUCUACCUUAGUAGCUUUCUUCACUCGGAGCAAAAGAAACGCAAACUCAUCCUACCCAAACGUCUUAAGUCCAGUACCAGCUUUGCAAACAUUCAAGAAAAUUCAAACUGAAGCCUACAAAAGGGAGAAUUAACAUCAUAUCCCAUGGAUGAAUGGUGGAAGACACAGCUUGGUCCAAAAGAAGAUAAAGUUCUUAAGAAAUGCAAGGACUUCAGAUUUAUUUUUAAAUAAGACUUUUCAAUUUUUCUUUUCCACCCCCUUUUUAAGGGUUUGGGUAUUUUUAAUUUACAGGCAUAGCAAUGUUGUCUAUUUUAAAGUGCAUUUGUUACAAUAACAAAAGAUGCAAGAACAAUCAUUGUUUUAUUUUGUAGGCAUAUUAUUACUAUUUGAGUCUUCUGGUAUUUCCCUGUUAACAUAAUAUUGCAAGUAGCAAAGUUUUUGAAAACAUUUAAAAAUCAGUUAUAGCAAGGACUUUGAAAAAGAAAUAUACUUGCCAAAAAGUAGCAGGUCCAAAGAUGAAUUUAAAUUACCAUUGCAGUAUUAUUGUUACAUAUAUAUUUAACAUGUCAUACGUUAUAAAUAAUAUGUAAUUCAAUCUCUAGCUUCCUUAAAGUCAUUUUUGAAACCACUAAUUAUAAACCUCUCUAAGAAUUUUUAGAAGUGGGAAAGCACAUUACAUUUAUCUUUGUAAAAAGAUUUAUGGUAACUGGUUUCUUACUUGACUUUUAUAAAUAGUAUUUUACACCUUAUUUUUGCCUUUGUUUCAUACAAAAUUUGAAAUCACUGGACUGCUUUAUUAUAUUCAGGGCAAGAUGGAUUCUUUUUAUACCAGGGAUUUGCAUUGUGAAUUACAUUAAGUUAUUUGGCAAUUUAUAAUUUAUUACUACUUUAAAUCAGAUGUAUAAAUACAAUUGUCACACUGUAUUUAAAUGGAGAUUUUCUCUUGAGAUAUAUGAGGAUUUUUGAAGAGGAGAGAAAGGAGGAGUAAAAGUAGUGUAAGGUUUAGAAAAUAGACAGGGACCUGAGGGGAAGCUCACGAUAAGACUGUUAAAUAGUUCAUAUUAGGGGCAUGAAUCAGAAUGAGAGCCUGAUAUAGAAAGCAGUUAGGUUAAGAUGAUGCUUAUUUUUUUCUAAAUUAUUUAAAUCAGAUAAAAGUGAUAUGAUUGAUAUGAAGUGAAAUAUUUCACUCACAGAAAACAUCCUAUUUUGGAAUAUUUGUAUCAAUUUUUUUAAAAAGUUUCAUUUCAGAAUUGUUUACAGUUUUUUUCCCUCAGGUUUUUAGUGUUAGGUAUUUCAUUUGUUAAUUCCUUUUUGCUUUCUUGGUGGAAAUAGGUUUUGUUUUAAAUGUUGAGAUUAUGAAGGCUACUCUAUAUAGAAACAAGUUUGGUUAAGUGGUAUGAGACUUUAAAUACCUUCAUAUACUGUAAAAUGCUCUAUACAGAGACAAGGAAGUGUUUUGCUAUUAUUUUUUAAUGUUUACCAUAUAGGCAGAGGGCUCAUUCUUGGAUAUGUAACAUAUCCACAAGUGGUUACAGUUUUUCUAGUCUGCUGUGACCCAUUAAACAUGUGCUGGAGUUGUUCUGUCCUUACUGUUCCUGCUGCUGAUACUAAUAGCACUGUCUUGAUUUGAAGCAUAUAGUUGAAAGUCAUUGAAAGCAAUCUUUAAUUAAUGCAGAUAAACCACUUUACACAUGUGCAAAGGUACAAAAUGGCAUAUUCAAUACUGUAAGUAGUGACUCUCAGCACUUUUGAAUAUUAUGUAUUUUUUAAAGCCAUUACUUUUGGAUCUGUUUGCUAAUGAGCACUUUAAAAAAGAAAAAGCAGCCUUUACUAUUUUUCUGGUUGAGUCAUUGCUCUUUAGAAGUAGCAUCAGCAAUAGAUUUCAAAAAUAAGUACUAAGCACUACACUAAAGUGUGUAAACAUUUCAUUAUUUCGUCAUAUUGAAAAGUUCUUUGCAUAGUUCUGAAUUCUUCGAUGCAUAGCAUAUGUGUGUGCACAAGAACAUCUUUAGUUUUUUUUGAAACUUUGAAAUAAAGGACAUAGCUUAAGGAAACUGCAGUGCUGUAUUUGAUUUUUAAAUACAUUUUUAAAACUUCAGAUGUAAUUAAACAUCACAUUAUAGUUUUUCAGGUAUUGAGUUUAAAUGCCUACUUUAAAAGUACCAUCUAUCUUAUAAUUUUGCUGCAAAUAAAAAUGUACUUUUGAA